AAAUUAUCAGUCGAAAGGAAAGAAAAGCUUUCUUCUUUGGGCAGGUUCGUCAGACAGGAGUCGUCUUUAUCAUCUUAUUUAGCUAAAUAGUGAUCACAGUUGGUUUUUAUCAAAAGUUGGUGUGAUCAGAAUUUUGCAAACCACUUCGGGUAAAACUUGGAUGUAAAGUUGGCAAAUCCUUUGCAGUAGGUUGUUAUGUGGUGACUUAUUAUUCCUUCUCUUGAUCAUCUGUAGGACCCUCUGAGCUUUUGACGAGACAACGAUGGUAAAUCGAACUGCUUCAGCUUCGAUAUUGUCUUCUGAACCCUCAGAGCAAAGUGGGACACAGAUGGCAACUUCGAGUGCAAACACACCUCAACCUACUUUGCAGCUGAGCAGAAACUCCUCACAUGGCCCUGUAGCGAUUCUCUGGGACAUCGAGAACUGCCCAGUUCCAAGUGAUAUACGCCCAGAAGAUGUGGCUGGCAACAUCAGAAUGACGCUGCGGGUCCAUCCUGUAAUUAAAGGAGCUGUUACAACAUUCUCUGCCUAUGGAGAUUUUAAUGCAUUCCCCAGGCGACUAAGAGAGGGUUGCCAGAGAACUGGUGUCAAACUCAUAGAUGUCCCAAAUGGCAGGAAAGAUGCUGCUGACAAGGCAAUCUUGGUUGACAUGUUUCUUUUUGCUCUUGAUAACCGUCCGCCUUCUUCCAUCAUGCUGAUCUCAGGGGAUGUUGAUUUUGCACCUGCACUACACAUACUUGGCCAACGUGGAUAUACUGUGAUUCUUGUCAUUCCUUCUGGGGUGGGUGUUUCAUCUGCCCUGAGUAAUGCAGGCAGUUUUGUCUGGGACUGGCCUAGUGUUGCCCGUGGAGAAGGUUUUGUGCCUCCUGCUAAGACUUUUAUUCCUCUUCGUGGAGGUCCAACUGACGUUGCUGGGUUUCUGAUGGGAUGCCAGAUAAAUGACAAUCCCGAUGGUCAAAAUGAAGAAGAAGCAAUUUUAUAUAGAGGAAUCUCACAAAGCUAUUACAACUCUAGAGAGUUCCCGAUGAUAUCACAGUCUUUAUCCGAAUACAAUAGUACUUCAAUAUCCAUGCCUUGUUUUCCUACAACUUUGAGAUCACAUAGUCUCCCUUCUGGUUUGAAUGAAGUUUCAGCCAGACCUGUUGCUUCUUGUGACCAGAAUGACUUGAUGUGGGUACAGCCUGGAGAUAUAAAUGGUUUGAAGGGGCAGCUGGCAAAGUUGCUUGAACUGUUUGGAGGAUGUCUGCCCCUUACUCGUGUACAUGCUGAGUACCAGAAAAUUUUUGGAAGGCCUCUUUACGUUUCAGAAUACGGGGCAGUCAAACUUGUGAAUCUUCUCAAGAAGAUGACUGAUGCCAUGACUGUUGAGGGAAAAGGCAAUAAGAAAUUUGUCUGUCUCCGGAACUCUAGUGUUGGACCAAGUGCUCCUCCAUUAGUUCUAGCAAAGAAGGAUAAAAGAGGAAAGGGGACUCGGGAAGAGCACAUUGGUAUUAUAACAGGGGGUGGAUCUUCAGAUGAAUUCUCAGAUGACGAAAGGGUGGUUGUAGAAGAACAUGAUGCAAGGAAGGAUGGAGAAAGGACUGAUUUGGAGAUGGAAGUGCAAUCUGAAACUAGUGAUCCAAGCCUUGAACAGUUCAAAUACGAACUUCAAGAAAUUCUAGUCAGCUAUUCUUGUCGGAUUUUCCUUGGUUGUUUUGAUGCAAUAUAUCAACAACGGUACAAGAAAUCAUUGGACUAUCGGAGCUUUGGUGUGAAUGAGCUGGAGGAUUUGUUAGAAAAGGUGAGAGAUGUGGUGGUCUUGCAUGAGGAACCAGUAAGCAAAAAGAAGUUCUUAGCUGCUGUUGGUGGCUAGAAGAAUUGGUCUGUAGUCUGUACCCCUUUUUGAGGCUUUCUGGCUUAACUUAAUUAGGAUAACAAUUGAGGUAUACUUGUCAUUCUCCUGUCCUUUUCUUUAUCCAUUGACCCCAAAGUUGCACACAACAUGAUGAGGAAAAGCAUGGAAAAUGUCUGGUCAUUGUUUUGCAUCUGACAUAGUUUUGUAGAUUAAUCUUGAAAGUUCCAAUACUCAUGCCAGAGUCGCUGUAACUGAUCAACCAACAAUGUGACACCUUUCUGUAAAUUAACUUGCAUUUAAGAAGUACUUGCUAAUACAAGACCCUCUAUUUAUUCUUCUGUAGUUAUUGUCGUUUGAAAUGUAUAUGCUCAAUUAAAUGGCAAAUAAAGUUUUUGCUGGAAUUUUUUUCAUUUACAUUGUUCUUUGCUCAGUUAA